GAAAAAGAAAGAAUUACACAGCACACAUUAUUUGAAGAAUCUUCAUUGGAAUUACAAAAAAAAAAAAAGAUUCUUUUUACAGUUUCACAAGCACUUUUGCUAUCUUUUUGCACUGAUGGUUUCAUAUAAAACACAAUAUCAACAUAUGUAAGCUUGUGUUGGGGCUGAAGAAGAAGAGGUUAGUGAUGGAUUUGAAAGGAACACCGGUUGAAAAUGGAUAUCGUAUGCCUGCAGAAUGGGAACCUCACUCUCAUUGUUGGAUGGGUUGGCCUGUCACAUGCCAGUUAUGGACAAUGCCAAGCAAUAUUGUUGAGACUCUUUUUAGCUGGGAGGAGGCUGGGAUUGGGGCAAAGAGCAGAAGAAACUGGAGGAUCAUCCCAGCAUGUAUAUGGUGGACAAUCUGGAAAGAAAGGAAUGCCAGAUAUUUUGAGAAUAGAAGUAGUACAAUGCAGAUGAUCAAGCUCAACUCUGUUAUGCUACUUUGUUUUUGAUGUAGGAGCGUCCAGAUAACUGGCGAAAUAAUGCAGUGCAUGGUCAGCGUGUAUUUGCAACUGUAGCAUCUGCUAUUUCAAGAUUUGAACCAGUAACAGUCUGUGCUAGUGCUGCUCAGUGGGAAAAUGCACGCAGCUUGUUGCCUAAACAUGUCAGGGUUGUGGAGAUGAACAUGAAUGAUUCUUGGUUUCGUGAUACUGGUCCAACUUUUGUCAUCAGAAAUACUGCAGCAAAUGCAGAACAUGUAAUGUCAAGUGUUGCAGGGAUUGAUUGGACCUUCAAUAGCUGGGGUGGUGUUGAUGAUGGCUGUUACGAAGACUGGAGUCAUGACCUUCUUGUUGCAAGAAAGAUUUUGGCAAUUGAAAAGGUCCCAAGGUUUCAGCACUCUAUGAUUCUUGAAGGUGGAAGCAUUCACGUUGAUGGAGAAGGGACUUGUCUCACAACAGAAGAGUGCCUCCUGAACAAAAACAGGAAUCCCCAUUUGUCUAAAGAACAGAUUGAGAAUGAACUAAAAGCAUAUCUUGGGGUCAGGAAGGUUAUUUGGCUGCCUCGAGGGUUGUUUGGUGAUGAUGAUACAAAUGGUCAUAUUGACAACAUGUGCUGUUUUGGGAAGCCUGGUGUUGUUUUGCUGUCUUGGACUGUUGAUCAGUCUGAUCCUCAGUAUGAAAUAUCCAUUGAAGCCCUCUCUAUUCUUGAAAAUACUUCUGAUGCCAAUGGUAGAAAAAUACAAGUAAUCAAACUCCAUGUACCUGGGCCACUCUAUAUGACGGACGAGGAGGAAGAUGGAUUAUUUCAGGAUGGGGAUGCUAAAACUAGGAAUUCAGGUACAAGGCUUGCUGCUUCAUAUGUAAACUUCUACAUUGCUAACGGUGCAAUUAUUACUCCCCAAUUUGGGGAUAAAAAAUGGGAUGAAGAAGCUAUUAGAGUCCUCUCCCUGGCAUUUCCAGGUUAUGAGGUUGUAGGAAUUGAAGGUGCAAGGGAAAUUGUAUUGGGAGGUGGAAAUAUACAUUGUAUCACGCAGCAGCAGCCAACCGGCCCAGAAUAUUCGCCCAAGGUUAUAACUGGUUCCAUAUCUGAGCAGAGGGAUAACUAAUAUUGUUUGUAAUCUCUUGUGGACCAUGAACUUUGUCAUGUUUGCUUUUUCUUUCUACAUUCUGGAGUGCAAAAAUAAUGUCUCGGAUAUAGACUUUAUCCAAAGAAAGCUCUGUACCAGGUCAAAGGUCAAAUUGCUUUUUGAUUAUGGAUUUUGUUUUUGUAAGCUUCAGACUUCAAUAGCAACUGCUUUUCACUUACAA